AUGGAGUCUGUGGUGAGAGUAAAAAAAUCGCUGAGGGCGCCCAUGAGGAAGCUGACCAGCUGUGUGUCGAGGGUGAAGGAGAAGAAAUUGUGUGCCAGACGCAGAAACAGGAGGAGUAGAGGAGGGGGAUGCAACAGGUUGGGGAGGACACCUCCUCCACGGACAUCACAACACAGAGAUCCACCAAUCAUCUGCUCGUACCAGGCGGACCUGGAGAAGGAGAGGCAACAGCGAGAAGCGAUGAACGCUCAGAAGAAUGCAGAGAGGGCGGCGAUGAGAGCUCACUUCAGGAAAAAAUAUCAGCUGUCUGAGAGCCCCAAGGACACAAACCACCUGAGGUCUGUCGGAGGGAGAGUGUCGCUCCCCCACGAGCUGUCGAAGAUUAUCCAUCCUGAAACCAAAACCAAGGACGACGGCUUCAACCUGCUGAGCGCCUUUCAAGGCCUCAGCUUUAACACAGCAGCGCUCACGGGGAGGAAACACACUAAGAUGUCCACUCCUCCCACAGCAGCGAGUUGUAAAGUCAUGUGA